AUGUUUCUAUUUAUGGCGAUCUUGAGCAAUGAUUUAGUUUCAUCGUUAUCUUGUUACAAAUGCUUCUCAAUUAAUGGAAGUAAUCCAUCAUGUGAAGAUCUUUUUCAUGGUGAUAUAGCUGGUAGAACAUCGUUUCUGCAAACACCUUGUAUAACAUCACUACGCAAACGAAAUGGCACUUUUCCUGCUACGCAUUGUAUUAAAUUAGUUGCUUAUUCCAAUGGUAAAGUCAAAUUCGAUGAUUUCGAUGUGAAAAUAACGACUUCUCUUUCCAGCGCCUAA